CUGCAACAAUAUAAUUAAUUACGGAGUAAGUAAUUAAAAGAAGAAAAAAAAGAAACAGAAAAAGGUAGUGGGUGCUGAUAGCAGGAUGAUGGAUUUGGGGAAUAGAGUGCUGAACAUGGUGUUGCCGCCGGCGAGCCUGGUGAUUCUGGCGUUUGCAUGGCCGGCUCUGACUUUCAUCAGCGCGUGCGAACGGCUUUGGAUCGCUUUUUUCGGGGAGGAGAUGAUGGAGGAUAAGGUCGUCAUCAUCACCGGAGCUUCUUCCGGCAUAGGGGAGCAAAUUGCAUAUGAGUAUGCCAAAAGGGGAGCCAAUCUUGUGUUAGUUGCAAGGAGGGAGAACAGACUGCGGGGAAUCAGUGAGAACGCGAGGCUGCUGGGUGCCAAGAAUGUGUUGAUCACAGCCGCAGACGUUGUCAAGGAACAAGACUGCACCAGAUUCAUCACCGAGACAGUCAACUUCUUUGGCCGCGUUGAUCAUCUGGUAAAUACAGCAAGCCUAGGACAUACGUUUUACUUCGAGGAAGCCACAGACUCUUCUGUGUUUCCUAUUCUAAUGGACAUAAACUUCUGGGGAAAUGUUUAUCCGACAUAUGUAGCCCUCCCAUAUCUUCGCCAACACGGAGGUCGGAUCGUAGUGAAUGCAUCGGUGGAGAAUUGGAUGCCUUUGCCAAGAAUGAGUUUAUACUCUGCAGCAAAAGCCGCGCUGGUGAAUUUCUACGAGACACUUAGGCUGGAGGUGGAAGACAGCAUUGGGAUCACAGUCGCGACACAUGGUUGGAUCGGCACUGAAAUGACGAGGGGAAAAAUCAUGGUGGAGGAGGGCGCAGAGAUGCAGUGGAAAGAAGAAAGAGAAGUACACGCAAGCGGAUCGGUGGAGGAGUUUGCGAAGAUGAUUGUGGAUGGAGCGUGCCGUGGAGAUGCAUAUGUGAAGUACCCCAGCUGGUAUGACACUACAUUCCUUCUCUAUAGGGUCUUCUCUCCCAAGGUCCUCAACUGGACUUUUCGCCUGCUCUUCGACAACCUUAGUUCCCGGAGGACUUCUUUCAUUGGUACCGGGAGGCCUCUAAUGGAUCCCAUGAGAUUGGAAUCGCAUCCUCCCGGGAGGCUCCUUGCUGGACCAGAUCCUGUCCAUGUCCACCACCAGCCGCUCAAACUGGAAUGAAUAAACGUUGCUAUGAGCAUUGUGUACACAGCCAUUUUGAGUGAUGUUUUUUUUGGUAAGCUGCUUUUGUCUUCCACUGUGUUGUUUCAUCUUUGUAUUUUGUGAAGAUUGUUGUAUGAGUUCAUAACUUGGAGCCCUGUAGCUGCUUUGUCCCCGAUUAGUAAGUUAAUAAAAUAAAGAAAUAAAAUGGUUGUCCGUCU